GCUAUUCGCUUGUACUUCAAUGCUAUCAAGCUGAUAUUGACUUAUAUCAUUUAAUUUUGUGGUUGCACAUCUGGCUAGGUAUCAGAACUCACAACUGAUCUGUGUACUUACAUUCAGUUAGUAUUAUAGUAAAAUGCUGAUGCUGUUUCUGUUUAGGCAUAUGGCACUUAGACAGACUUGGGAGCAUAUUGUACCUACUUACUCUGUUAUUGCUGGACGUCGUUCUUUGUCUGUUAUAUAUUAUUGUGAUUGGUUGUCUUUGAUAAUGUUUUAACUAUUCUUAAUGGACCUUUCAAAUAAUUGAUCACCUGGUGUUGGUAGAGUAGUGACAGCAUCAUCAUACUUCCACCCCACUGCUGAUCCUUAGCCGGAUUGACUUAGUAUCCUUAUUUAAUUGGUUAAGAUCAGACGUGUCAUGUAUUAAGUAACGAAGGUGCCUUGCAUAUUAUUCAUUUACUUCAAAUGCUAUAGAUAUUUUCUCUAUUUCCUACAUUGUUGGUCAACUAUAUAUUGCUGUGAGAGGUGCAGGCAUCUUUCCAACAGUUGUUGAAGAAAUUACAGUGCAGAUCAGCUUUUGCUUUGGAUGUUUGUACCAGAUAGUUUUUCGUUCUGGUGAUCAGACAAACUUGUUAUUCAUUAGGUGCUUGGCUGCAAGUUGCCAUAAGAAUUGUCAGAAGCACAUCAAAUGGUGCUAUUCACGAUUGAAAGUGGUGAUCAUUUCCAAGCUAACGUUGAUUCAGAGAUUCAGCCAGUUGUUGAUCCUGAUCAGUGUGAUCCUGUAGCGGAGACAAAAAAGACAAAAGCAGAUAAAAAGGUAAAACAGAAAAAGAAGUCCGAAUCCGAUGUUGAGGCCGCUAUAGGGAACCCCUGGACUACAGGAUUGUUCAAUUGUCAUGAAGACAGGACAAAUGCGGUUGUUACAGCAUUUUUACCUUGUAUAACAUUUGGACAAAUAGCUGAAGUACUGGACGAAGGAGAAUUAACAUCUCCAUGGGGAAGUUUCAUUUACCUUGUGUUGAUGCCUACACUUUGCUCUCAAUGGAUUAUGGGCUCGAAAUACAGGAAAAAGCUGAGGAAGAAAUAUGAUUUGGUUGAAGCUCCUUACACUGACAAGGUCUCACACAUCUUUUGCUCGAGCUGCUCUCUUUGUCAGGAUUUCAGAGAGCUCAAAAACAGAAAACUUGAUCCUUCUCUAGGCUGGAAAGGUAUCCUGGCUCAACAAAAGGGAGAACAGACUAAAGAUCAGCUAGCACAAACUCCUCCAACAAAUCAGGAGAUGAUCCAGUAAAAUUAGGGGUGGCAAUUCGGGUCAAGGGGUCAGUUUUGGGUUUGGUUUCGGGUCGAUUUCGAGUUGUGUCAAAAAAUAUCAGAAAUAUUGUAAAACUUAAUAUUACUAAAAAAUAUGAUGAAUGGGUCAAAUCAGUUCGAUUUCAGGUCAUUCGGGUUCGGUUCAAGUUUGGUUUUUCAUGCGGUUAAAUAUAUCAUUGGUUUAAUAUUUCGACAUUUUUUGUAUCGAGUUUUUUUAGGUCUCGGAAUCAGGCUCUGAAUCUAUAUGGUGAAGCCAGUUGUCUAAGUAUAGGCUUUGGCACUUCUGUGUCAUCCGGGCAACCUAGUUUAUAUGUUGUUGGAUAAUGAUAGAGUGACCCUAAGGGUUGAUGUAACCCUUUCAAUGUGUAAUUGUGACUCGUUACAAAUGCAUUACCUUAUACUCUCUCCGUAUUUAUUUAA